AUGUCAUCAGAACCAUACACGACAAAGGGUCUUCCCACCCCGCCGACCGUCUCGGUCAAGACGGUACCCAUGGGCGGGCUGCUGGUAGACGUCUACGGCCUAGAGGAACUGCCGGCCGGCCCGUCGCCGGUGACGUGCCUAUGGCUUCUGCACCCUCGGAUGCGGACACGGGCACGCAUGCAGGACAUUGCCAGCCGCGUCAUCGAUGCGUACAACAAUAGGAUGGCAGAGUCAUCGGCUUCGCCUCCCCGCGGACUAGUCGCCCUGGCUUUCGACAUGCCGAACCACGGUACCCGUCUGGUGAGCGAGCAGGCCAACAAGGCGUGGAACCAGGGCAACGAACUCCACGCCAUAGACAUGGUUGCCGGCAUCAAGGGCGCCAGGAAUGAUAUGAGCGGUCUCAUGGACGUAGUGGGCGGGUAUCUCGACCGCAAGGUGGACGAACACGUCUGUCUCGGGUGGAGUCUAGGUGGACAUGCGGUUUGGCAGGCUUGGUUGGCCGAGAGGAGGCUCCAUGCUGCUGUUGCGAUCGUGGGAUGUCCCGAUUUCAUCGGCCUCAUGCGUGAUCGUGCCAAGACUUCGGAUCUGGAUAUCCCAGAGGGACAGACCUUCCUGGGGAGUAAAUACUUCCCCGACGACCUGGCAGCCACGUGCGCGCGAUACGACCCACGAGGAGUCAUUUUCGGCGCUCAAGAGUCGCACCUCCCCGAGGCGCCGCUGUCGGACGCAGAACGUGAGCGCGUGCGCUCCAUCCUCGCCGAGAGGGGCUGCACGUCCAACAGGAGGCUCCUAUUGUGCUCCGGUGCGGACGACAAGCUGGUUCCCUACACCAAUUCCGCGCCGUUCGUCAAACUCCUCCAGGAUGUCGGCGGGGUGCCCGUCCAGGACAAGGUGUACGAGGGUGUGGGGCACGCGUUCAGCGCGGACAUGGUGCAGGAUGCAGUCGAGUUCCUUGUCGACGCUGUGUCCCGGGGCAACACGGAAAAGUCCAAGAUCUGA